CCUUGUUGGACGCGUGAAUACUCAGUUCUUCCAUUCGGUGCCACUGAACGUUCUUUCUCCAAUAGUUCUUGUCAUCCCCAAGACCUUAGAUCUCGAUGGGCGUCGGCAUGUUGUUUCUCAGGUUGUAAAAUCCAGGGAUGGAAUCUCACAAUCCGGUCAUAUCAUAGGCCGCGGUAUAAAAUAGGCCAACCACCCCCGGUCGAACUACAUUUUGCAUUUCAACAAAAUUGAAAGCAUAAUCAAUUGAUAACUGCAUUCGGUGUGUUUCCGCGUGUUUACGACCAUGGGGUAUACCACAUUUUGGAGGCGGUUAUCCCCACGCCAACUCAAUGUUAUGAUUCAGGCGUUUUCUCUCGUUUGCAUAUUCUUCGAGGGAUAUGAUCAAGGUGUCAUGGGAGGUGUCAACAGCGCUCCAAGAUACGUUACAGAGGUUGGAAUUGGUGAACCGGAUGGCACAGUAACCGAUACCACCCACCAGGGAGGUAUUGUUAGCAUCUACUACCUUGGAUGCAUUUUCGGUUGCUUCGGAGGCGGCUGGCUGGCCGAUCGGUUAGGCCGUAUCAAUGGCCUCUUGGUCGGAGCCGUGUUUGCGCUCGUGGGAGGCGCUUUGCAAGCUGCAGCUCAGAGUUCAGACUUCAUGCUCGUCGCCAGGGUGGUGACAGGCGUUGGUACUGGUGCAUUGACUGGGAUAGCACCAGUACUGGUAUCAGAGACGUCGACCGCUGAUCAUCGCGGAGCCUUCCUAGGAUACGUCUUCAUUGCAAACUAUCUAGGAAUCUCCGUCGCAUACUGGCUGUCGUUUGGUCUUGCUUUUAUCAAUGGUGGCUAUUCGGAUGUUCGCUGGCGCUUUCUGUUAGCGUUUCAAUGUGUUCCAGCACUUAUCCUGCUGUUAUUCAUUAAGAUGCUGCCGGAUAGUCCGCGUUUCCUUGCAUCUGUCGGUCGUUAUGCCGAAGCUCAGGAGGUCCUUAACAAGAUCCGUUGUCAUCAAGCCAGCCAAUCAGAGAUUGACCUCGAAUACAAAAAUAUUAUUGCGACAGUGGAAGAAGGCAAAUUGAGCUCGCCCAUUCAAUUUGCUAAAAUCUUAAUUGGCAAAGGCGAAAGGCCCGGCUCCAAUCUGGGCCGACGCGCCUGGCUGUGUGUAUGGCUCCAGAUUAUGGCAUCUUGGACAGGAAUCACGGCCGUUACGGCAUAUUCUCCUGUUCUGCUUAGUCAAGCUGGCUACAGCGAGCUGACCCAAAAUGGCCUUGCCGGGGGAUUGAAUACGAUCGGUAUUCUGGGCACUAUUAUCAGUGCGCAGAUCGUAGAUCGGAUCGGGAGGAGAAAAUGUUUGAUUCUUGGCUCCGUCAUUUUAUUCACUGUUGAGCUUGUAGCAGGAUCUGUCUACGAGGCAUCCCUUCAUCAGCCGGAUAAAGCUGAUCAGCUUGCCCCUGCUGCUGUUGCGAUGCUAUUUCUAUUCAACCUGGGAUAUGCAGCGACCUGGGGAACCGUCGCUUUCUUGAUACCGACCGAGAUAUUUCCCUCCAACCUCCGGGCUCAAGGCAAUGGCUUUGGUAUUACCGGCUGGGCCAUUGGAGUUGGGAUGACCACAUUGGUCAAUCCCAUAAUGUUUGGAAGUAUCGGAAGUCGCAGUUACUUCCUACUCGCUGGAUUGAAUCUUCUGUGGGUUCCAGUUAUCUACUUAUUCUACCCAGAGACGCGUAAUCGGACUUUGGAGUCCAUUGAUUAUCUUUUUUCGACCUCGAGGCCAUUUUAUUGGGAUAUGGAGAAAGCUUAUCGGCUGUGCAUGGAUAGGAAGGCUGAGGAGCAUAUCGAUGCGCCGGGUAUAAAGGUUGCGGGCCACGAUGAAGCCCAGCAGGAGUUCCACGAGACCAUUCAGAAUGGAGUAUAAAGGGUAUAUGAGGACCUGUGAAUGAUUUUCAGCUGAUGCCAUUGGGAUUGUUACAUGGAAAGCUUCUCCGCAUGAAUUUCGGGGUUUCUAUUAAACACGUAGCAGACAGACAAUUUAGAAAUUUGCAUAAUACCGAAAAGGAGAACCUAUCAGUUAUUGGCCUGAUAUCGUGCUGCAUCCUCUGAAUUGACAGGGAAGGAACUUUGUACACCGUUCCAGAAGCCUCGAAUCCGCAAGUUCU